GCCGUAGUGGCCGACGAGGUGGUCGGGAUCACAAGCGCGACAUUGGAGUUGCUUAAAAGUAUAGAAAACCACGCACAGAGUCUGAAAAUAUGGAAGGCCCACGCGCUGGAGUUAUGCAAAGCCUGCACGGCUACAGUGUUAGGGUUUCACACUUCAAGGGGGUUUAUGGACGAACAUCGCGCCGGACAUGCUGCAGAGGAGAUCGACGUCGCUCUGAAGAAGAUCGACGUGGGACUUCGCGACUUGGCCGGGUGGGGGCAUCGUCGGAGUCUUACGGGGCGCGCGGACGCCAAACGAGUGAUUGACGACAGUUUCCUUACACUACAACAGAUCAAAAAUCUCUUCCAUAUUCAACCGCCCAAGUUUGGCGGAACUGCGCUGGAUCUUGCCAUAGCCUUUCAGAGGGAUAAUGCUAGCUUUCGCGCUCUAAGGAGAGCUAGCGAAAAGAACGACGCCUCCCUGUCGCUUCCGUCACUUACGUCUCAUGCAUCACCAGAGGCUACUCCUAGUGCCAGUAGCUCAGUGUCGAAGGAAACCCAGGUUAUAUCAUCAUUACCGUCAUCUCAUACGCACGGUAUCCCGGAGGAUGGAACUACACCUCCUGAGAUGGAACACCCCUUGCGCCGCAAAUUGUACGACAUUGGCCUGAAUCUCGACUUGACUGGGCAGGUCCGCAAGAGACACGAAUUCCCGGCUGUUCUCAGCGGGGGAAAUGGCGAUGUUUACGAAGGGAUCUGGCUCGAUAACGUGAAGGUUGCGCUCAAGUUCCCUAGAUCAAUGAACGCUAGCCCUCGAGCUAAGGAAAGAUUCCUGGAAGAGGCUGCGCUAUGGAGUCGUCUUCUACAUCCAGACAUCGUGCCGUUCUACGGGAUCGCCUUCGAGGGCGACUUCAUAUAUUCGGUGUCGCAAUGGAUGGAUAACGGCCCAUGUUUGGAGUACAUAAAAAGAACGCCUGACGCUAAUCGUCUGGGCCUUCUUGAAGACGUCACCUCCGGCAUGGAAUUCCUCCAUGUUCAGAAGGUUGUCCAUGGAGACCUGCGGGCGGCGAAUGUCCUCAUCAACCGGGAGGGCAAAGCGAAGCUCUGCGACUUCGGUCUCAGCAAGGUCCUCCAAGAGCUGAGCCGGGGCGCGAGGUCCAGCCUAGGGCUGACAAACUAUCGAUGGCUGGCCCCGGAACUGAUGUACAGCGAGAUCCCUGUAUUCCCGUCCAACGCCACCGACGUCUUCUCGUUCGCCAUGCUAUGCCUGGAGCUCAUAACCGAGGAGCCGCCAUAUGCGGACAUGAACGACUUCCAAGUCGUGAUUGCUCUUGGCCAGAACAAGCAGCUACCUGCCCGACCUGCCACUUUGGCAGCGCGGAGAUGGCUUUCCGACCAACUCUGGACGCUCAUGGAGGACUGCUGGAAUCUGGAUCCACCCUCGCGCCCAGCUGCUCGCAAUAUUAAGUCAAAGUUGCACGUCAUCGCUGCAUCGCACCAGGUCGCUGCCAACAACCGCACAUUGCCAAUCAAAAUACCAAGUAGGCCAUCCACCGAACAUGAUAGUUUUCCGGACUUCUCCGAGGAAGCCCGGGUUUAUAGUUCGAUUACGCCGGCUCCGGUGGGUUACGGUCAACCGAACCACUUGCGGUUUCCUUCGAUCUCGGUUUCCCCGGCCGACAAAGAGGCCAUACCGUGCAGCUCGCCAGAGGGCAUGGAUAGCCUGCCUCUCAUGGAGUCUCCGCAUAUGGGAGCACUAGCAUUGCAAUCUUUACCGUCACCCAGCAGUCAGCCUCUCACUUUGCACGUGAACCCGGACGGGACGAUCGCUUACGGGUCAUUGGAUGGUUUGUGCAUCAAAUUGAUUGCGGACGUAUCAGAUGUGGAUUUCCGGUGGACGUUCCUGGCUACGUACCGCGCCUUCUGGAACGAUGAUCAUGGUGCGAGCAAUGCUCUGUUCCGAUAUCUGAGAUCCACCUUCUGGGAUGGAACCGGAUAUCUACCUCUAGGCAUGACAAGAUACGCAGCUUUGACCAUCCUCAAGGACUGGAUACUGUCUCACUACGCUGAAGCCGAGCCGCCGCUUCUUGUGGAAAUCGCGGAUUUCGCGCGAGAGGCUUCCCGCUCCUACCCAGACCUGAAAAAUCUUGCCGACGAGAUGAAUCGACGAGUAGCCGUCCUCCAAACGGCCCCCACCUCGGAUACAGCGUCGUCCCGGCAUCCCUCCGCAUCGCCGCUGUCGCGGUCGCCAGAUAGUGGUAAAUCCUCUCCAUUGUCCUCGUCCCCUCUGGGGUCGUUACUGUCCUUCAGGUCUCGACCAAAAGGAUCUCAGACUGAAGGCCCGCAUGCCGUACAAGCCCGAGCUUUGACUUUCAAGCAAGCGUCUCUGUUCUCCCAGCUCAACGCCGGACAUUACUCUGCUCAAUUGGUUGACAAAUCAGGCAAUGACGACGUGAAGAGGUUCCUGACGACGGAGAAGAAGUUAUAUGACUGGGCACGACAGGCAAUACUGUCAGCAGCCGACGAUAAGAAGAGGGACGAAGAGUUCAGACGUUUCUUCAAGCUCGCAGAGGAAUGCCAGAAGCUGCAAAACUUUUCGGUCUUGGGUGCGAUAAUCUCUGCACUGGAAUCGCCACAGAUGCGGCGCCUUGUAUAUACGAGGAGCUGUUUAUCGGGCUCUGAGAGUCAAGCAUAUGACGCGAUGACCCAAGUCAUUCUUCCGGACCACAUGGACGCGCGUCUUGCGGCAGGCGCUUGUAUACCUUGGCUCUCCUCGCAUCUCGACCGACUGGCCAAGGCAUGUCACGAUCUACCGCCAACAACCAUAUCGGGCGGAGCAGAAAUGAUCAACUGGACGAAGUGGCGUACCGUCGCCGCCGGCAUUCGCACCCUAUGUGCUGUGAAACCUCCGGAAGUGGAACACGAUGCUCGCGCCGAGGAUGCACUGGUGCAGAUCGAGAAGUCCCUAGCAGGGAUCAAAAGCGGAUCGGCUUUGGACAAGCGGCUGGAGACUCUCAGUCUGGGCCUUGCCCCGAAGGAAGCUAAAGACCAUGAAGGUCGGAAAAGGGAGCUGGGCCAGAUGGGUUUCUCAAGGUGACAUGUGGUGCGCGAGUUCGGAGCGCAAGGGACCAGGUUUUUGACGUCGACCACGCGUGCACACUAGGUUGUGUAGCAAAUAC